AUGACAGCUGGAGCCUGCUACUGGAGUGGCCGCAGCUCUUACUGCUGCCCUUGCCGUGGCCAAGUACUGCCAGAUGUGGUCGAAUCUUCGUCGACCUAUUGCCUGGAGUGCGGGCAUCCACUCAGAAAUCAUUUCAGAAUUGGGCCGCACCCAAGUGAUCCUAGUGCUAGCCAGGUCUUGCUACCAAGACACCAAACCGUGAAAAAGCUUGCCAAUCGCAUCCAUGAACUGAGAGUGGUGCUUGCCCGUGGAACCCCCUCAUCGGGAAAAACCUUUCUCGCCCGGUCUCUUCAUACCUACCUCCGUGGACAGGGAGUCAAGUCUAUUUACAUCAGAAGCUUCCCCCUUAGCUUGGAGGGUGGUCCCACCGCGUUACAUCAUCUGGUCGAGGCCUGUCACAUCCAAGGUUUUGCGACAUUUGGGCACAGCGUUCUUCGCGACAAAUUUGUGUUCCUCAUCGAUGAUGCGCACACGACUUACAAUAACUCCGAGCUGUGGUUGAUUCUGAAUUCGGUGAACCAAGAUCGACUCGGGAACAUACCAGGAGCCAGUUUCUGUAUGUUCAGUGCAUUCGGUACCCCCGAUAGGGGCGUUAUGCCACACAAUAUGGGGAGUGACCUGUUGAUAUUCAAUAAGAGUCAACGUCUUUUCUUGUCCGAGCGGUCUGCCGAGGAUAUCACACUUUUCUACACCCGAGAAGAGUUCGAUCUCUACAUGGAAAUGCAUUUCCAGGGUCGAGGUUCCGAUUACGAAAUCUGCGAUAUUUUGAAAGAUAUGAUCUUUGGCUUAACUGAUGGCCAGCCUGAGUUGAUGGAUGCAUUCAUGCAUCUCUGCGACAUGUGGUAUGAGGCAUUUUAUAAGGAUGACGACCUUGAUCUUAUGAGCUACGAUGACUAUGAAAUUAGUCAAUUCUUUCAAACUCGUGGCAUUCUGGAAGGAACAAUCGCGGUAAUUGUAAACUUCGUGGGUCUUCCGCUUUUGCCUGAAACUUUUUUCCUCCUGAACAUGAGUUUGAGGUUCUUCGCCAGGCUCACCAAACCCGUGAUGACGGCAUUUUAUUCGACCCACAAAGUGAAGCUAUGCUAUCAUGCCUCACAAAAGGUUGGCUUCACAUGGAAGAGAGCCGACAAGGAGGAUUCAAAUGUUACUUUCCAACAAUGUUUCACAACAGGCUUGUGGAAUACCUCAUGGGAGUCCAGGAUCUUAGGUAUCCCACCCCGCCUACUUUGA